AUCUCUGGCACAGCAGAGAUCACACACUAGAAGUUAGUGGAGAGUGGCAAAUAUAACCUUUCUCCUGGAGUACUCUGUAUUUCAGAAACAGUUUCCAGCUGGGAUUAGUCGUAGCCACUUAUUUCAUUGAUUCUGUCUACAUAGAUAGGUCCUUCAUAAGCACUUGAUACUGUUUACCAAAGAAAUGGUGAUGGAGAAGCCAAGUCCCCUGCUUGUAGGGCGGGAGUUUGUGAGGCAGUAUUACACACUCUUAAACAAAGCCCCAGAUUUUCUGCACAGGUUUUAUGGGAGGAAUUCUUCCUAUGUUCAUGGAGGACUUGACCCAAGUGGGAAGCUGGCAGAAGCAGUAUACGGGCAAGCGGAAAUCCACAAGAAGGUCAUGUCUCUGCAGUUCAGUGAAUGCCACACAAAGAUCAGGCAUGUGGAUGCUCAUGCCACGCUGAGUGAUGGCGUGGUGGUGCAAGUCCUUGGAGAACUGUCAAACAAUGGCCAACCUAUGAGGAAAUUUAUGCAAACGUUUGUGCUUGCUCCUGAGGGUUCAGUGGCAAACAAAUUCUACGUCCACAAUGACAUCUUCCGUUAUGAGGACGAGGUCUUUGGCGACUCUGAAGCUGAGCUUGAUGAAGAAUCGGAGGAGGAAGUUGAGGAAGAGCCGGAGGAGAGGCAGCCAUCCCCAGAACCCAUUCAAGAAAGCCCAAACAGCAGCUACUAUGAAGCUCACCCUGUCACGAAUGGAGUAGAAGAGCCCAUGGAGGAGCCAGCUCCAGAACCAGAGCCGGAGCCUGAACCAGAGCCUAAAGUAGAGGAGAUAAAACCUGAAGUAGAUGAGAAGGGUAUGGAUGAAAUGGAGGAGAAGGCACCAUCUCCAGCACCUGUGGAGUCACCACCACACACCCAGGAGCCUCCCAAGCCUUUCUCCUGGGCUUUGGUAACGAGUAAAAACCUGCCUCCUACUGGCACAGUCACCUCUUCUGGAAUAUCACCACAUGUUGUUAAAGCUCCAAGUUCACAGCCCAGAGUUGAAGCCAAGUCGGACACACAGACAGCACCUCUUCGCCCCAGAGACCAACGCACACGUGAUAGACCCACCUUUACUCAGCGUGGUCCAAGACCUGAUGGUGUUGCAUCUUCAGAUACACAAUCGGGGAAACCACACUUGAGCUUUGUUAACAAAGGUGGCAGAGACUCAGAGACUGGUGAUAUUGACAGCAGACGGAUUGUUCGGUACCCUGACAGCCAUCAGCUUUUUGUUGGCAACCUCCCACAUGACAUUGAUGAGAUAGAGCUCAAAGAGUUCUUUAUGACGUAUGGAAAUGUGGUGGAGCUGCGAAUCAACACCAAGGGAGUUGGCGGAAAGCUGCCAAACUUCGGAUUUGUGGUCUUUGACGACUCUGAUCCUGUGCAAAAAAUCCUGGGGGCCAAGGUAGAAGGGCCCAUCAUGUUUCGAGGCGAGGUGCGUCUGAAUGUCGAGGAGAAAAAAACCAGGGCAGUGCGUGAGCGAGAGACCCGUGGAGGAGAUGACCGCCGGGACAUGAGGCGCAACGACCGGGGUCCCGGAGGUUCGCGAGGUCUCGCGGGAAGCGGCAUGAUGCGUGAACGCGACGGGAGAGGACCCCCACCUCGCGGCGGCAUGGCGCCUAAACCCGGCAUGGGUUCUGGGAGAGGCUCUGGUGGCCAAGCUGAUGGCCGCUUCACAACCCAGCGUCGCUGAGGAGCACCACCUGAAGUGUGGAAGUAGUACCGUGUUCUUCAUCUUCAACCGUUCUCGUUAACAAAAAGAAAUCUUCAUGUAUAAAGUAUAUAUUUGUUUUCUCUUUUUUUUUUUUUUUUUCGUUUUUGUUCCCUCUAAGUUUUGGAAUGUGACACAGCCUGUCAACUAUUUGUGAAAUAGACAAACCAAAAUAAGCAAAUGAAAAAAAUUUCGCUUAUUAGUUGUGAGACGAGCAUCCUUCUCUGGUAUCUCAAGAAUUCACAAACUUUAAUUUGUAAAUUUGUGAGAAAAGGCAAACCAGUCUGGAGUAAUCUGCCACAUUAGGAGGGACUGACAAGACUUGAAGCUACAACAAUACAGCCCAUCAUUUUGAAAAGAGAUUAUAUGCCUUGACUUAACUGAGGUGUUGCUUCACAGAAUCCCUCAAUUGCACAUUUUAUAUCGUAGUUUUCUGCCAGUUACUGUUGAAGGAGAGUGAGAUGCAAAAUCUGUGCAGUUCCAGAGGAAAGGCUUGCCUUCUACAUUUCCCUUUUUGAGAGACCACUGCUUCAAAAUUGCAUAAUGCACUCAUCAAUAUGCACUAAUGGGUACUUUUGUCAUGUUACAUUGACAUCCAUGCUUGGACCACAGCUGGAGAGAGCUGUUAAUCUCAAAGCGACACAACUUAGUGGGACAGGCCUCUUUCACAGCUGGACUGCUGUGACCAAUGUAUUUCUCACUUUUGACCCAAAACUACGCUUCAUUUACUGCUGGAUGGACAAAAUGACGAGCAAAUCUACAUUAUAUAAUUUUUUUUUCGUCUUCAUUUGUAAAUUUAAAUAAUACUUCAAAGCCUGGACUUUCACCAAAUGAGUGGAGGAUGGAGGAUGAACAAUAGAGGAAUGGUAUGACAGCAGCUCGCUCUGUUUUUUUCUUCUGAUUCCAAGUUUUAGUUUUUUUUUUGUUUGUUUUUUUUCCUGCCAGCUUGACUGCGAAACUGGGACGAGCGAAAGCUUCCUCCCUCUUCCCUCCCUUCCUGUUUCGAGUGCGGAGUAAUCGAAUAAAUGUACAGCAGAAAUCAGUUUACUGUAUGUUUUGAUUUUUCUGUGUUUACUUUCAUGUCUCUUGACUUGAUUAAAAAGCAUGAUGGUGCCUUCUGUUUCACCUUUUCCAGUAUUACUGAAGUGUGAAGCGGUUCGGGGCUUGUCGCCUUUUGGUAUACAGAGCUGCUUAUUUUGGAAUAUAUUCUGCUGGGAACUGAUUAAAAAAAAAAAAAAAAAAGAAAAGAAAUCCCAGCAUUCACAAGACUUAGGUUUUUCAGGUGCAUAUUUCAUUUUCCCAUACUGUCUUACUACCUAAGAUGAUCUGCUGUGAGUUUUGUACAUUGUUUUGUUGUAAUUGUCUGUUUUUGGUUUUGUAAAGACAAUUGGUGCCUCAUCUGAAGAACACCCCCACAAACACCAAAAGAAGAAAAAAACAUGAUGGUACAUUUAGAAAUGAGGAUAUACUUUCUGUCUUGGUAGAUUACAGCUCUCUAUGGUUAUAAUUGCAUCGAACUAAGUUUUUAAAAGGUGUAAACGUCUUAUGUGAUUCAGAGCUUUUUUUUUCUUUUCUUUUAUUCUUGUGCCUCUUGGCAGAACUUGGAUUAAUCCAUGAUUUCAGAAGGUUUCUUUUUUUUUCUCUUCCUCUUCUCUCUCCUAAAGGUUUUGUAAUCUGGGGUGGGAUGGAAUGGAGCUAACCGUUUAGUAAAUAACUGUGCUCAGUUUUCUAUUGUCAAUGCAUUUGUAUUUCCAUAUGAUUAUUCCACUUUCUUUUUUUUUUUCAUUCAAAGGAGGUUUGGUUGGGAGGGGAGGCCCUUGGUUACAGCUGGGAAGGAAAACAUUUUUUUUUUGGUCUUGCACUGAAAUGGGAAGUAAAAUGAUGUAGCAUUUUUCUUGACAAAUAUACCACGGUCUUCCUUGUCUGGUGGUAUUGCACUAUUUCCAAUAUUGGAUAAUCUGUUGGUCUGAACAAAGCCUUUAAAAAAUUCUCACCUGGUAAUGAAAAACAAAAAACUAAUCAACAAAUCAGCAUGAAAUGUUGGCUCUCCUACAGUAAAUAAUGAAAAGAAGUAGAUGUACAGACAUAGCCUAUUUGUGACAGCUGCUCUCCCUUGUGGAUGAAAAGUAUUUUCAGAUUAGAUUUGGGACAUAAUUUACCAUAAACUUGUGACCUAAUAUAACAGAAAUAAAUGCUCUUAGUCCUUGGGUGUCUAAAUAUUUCUCAUGGGUGCCUCGACUUUAUUUUUCAGUUAAUUGUUUACCAUGAAAUCUUGACAGCAGGCAUGCUUUUUUUUUUUUAAGACAUUACAGCAGUGGUCAGCGAGGAGUGGUGAAGAAGAGCCAUCAUGCUUUCAGACCAAUUUUUUUUUUUUUUUUUUUUUUUUUUCAUGUUAUUGGUAAACUGUUUAAACAUAAAAAAAAAAAAUAAUGAUCAGCUAAUUGUUUUAAGUCUGAGCUCUUGCAAAGACUUCCCUUCCCAAACUGUAAAGGAUCCUCACAAGAAACUAAGAAGCUGUAAAUUUGUUCUGUUAUUAAAAAUACGGUUAGUGGAUCCUCAUCGUGAAUCAUUCCAGUUCUGAGUGGAAAUAGAAAUACAUUCUCAGCUUUAGCAGGUGUGGUAAACAACUGGUGGCCAUCUUAAAUUUACUGUUUACCCUUUAACUUGUUAGUACAAAACUGUUGCAGGUGGAAAAUCAUUCUUUUUCUUUGUUUUUUUUCCCCCUUAACAUUCUGAAUGUGUUGAAUUAAACAUACAAUAAACUACUGAUAACAGCAGCACUCAUAA